CAGGAAGAGAAAUACUGGCGCUUCACAGUGCGGACGGAUGUUCAUGGUGAAGCUUCCUCUAUUUGACCAAACCCUCCACUUUUACUUGCAAGAAGAUAACUGUAAUGGCGUCCUCCGUGUCCGUAAAGAUAGGAAUCAUCGGUGGGUCAGGUCUUGAUGAUCCAGAUAUUCUGGAAGGAAGAACAGAGCGUUAUGUUGACACACCAUAUGGAAAGCCCUCAGAUGCUUUGAUACUGGGAAAGAUUAAAAAUGUGGAAUGUGUGCUCCUUGCGAGACACGGGAGACAGCACACCAUAAUGCCGUCGAAUGUGAACUACCAGGCCAACGUCUGGGCUCUAAGAGAAGAGGGCUGCACUCAUCUGGUGGUAACCACAGCUUGUGGCUCCCUGAGGGAAAAGAUUCAGCCCGGUGACAUCGUCAUCAUAGAUCAGUUCAUCGACAGGACGACCAAGAGGCCUCAGACGCUGUAUGACGGGCAGCCCACCAGCCCACCGGGGGUCUGUCACAUCCCCAUGGCUGAGCCUUUUUGCAACAAAACCAGAGAGGUUCUGGUGGAGGUGGCGCGCAGUCUGGGUGUCAAGUGCCACAUGCGAGGGACCAUGCUGACCAUCGAAGGACCCCGCUUCUCCUCUCGGGCAGAGAGCCUGAUGUUCAGACAGUGGGGCGCCGACGUGAUCAACAUGACCACCGUGCCGGAGGUGGUCCUCGCCAAAGAGGCCGGCCUGUGCUACGCCAGCAUCGCAAUGGCAACAGACUACGACUGUUGGAAGGAGCACGAAGAGGCGGUCUGUGUUGAUAAUGUCCUGAAGACGAUGAAGGAGAACGCAAACAAAGCCAGCAGCAUCCUGCUGACUGCAAUACCGCAGAUCAGCCAGAUGGACUGGACUCAAACCACCAAGAACUUAAAAUCUAUGGCUCAGUCUUCAGUAAUGCUACCAAAGCAUUGAGUGGGUGUAGAAGACAUGAAGCAGAAAAAAGGAAAAGGAGAAAAAAAAAAAAACAGACACCACGUGCACGAAUCCAGGCACAGACGGCGGACCCUGACUGUCUGUGGAUUCAUUAUCGAUGAAUCACAAGAAAAGUGCCUCACAGGAAUAAUGCACCUCUGUUUGUUUAGCCGGAGUCUCAUUAGGCCACCUCCUCAAUUUUUACAUGCAUCCCGAAGCACUUCUUCAAACUGAUUCACAGAUCACUUCUUGUCCACCUUUUGGUAACUGCAUUUGAAAAGUCUCGAAAUUAUACUUGAUAUGUUGCAGACUUAUAUUUUUAGUAUUUUAUAAACCUUUACACUUUCUAUAUGUCCUGACUCUCAACUGUCCGUCUUAGUUUCAGUUCCUGUAGAACACAGUCUAGCAUAUACUGAUCAAAGUCCUUAACACAAUAUUCUAAAUGAACACAUAACUAAUAUUUGGAAUGUUUUUCUGCUUCUAGAAAUUACAUUUUAUGAUCUUUACUCUUAUCCUCAGCUCUUACUUUGCAUAUAGUUGGCAGUAGAAUUUGCACCCAUAAUGGUAACCAUGCUCAAACAUUUCAUGUAGAGAUUUAUAAUAAUUUAUUGAACUCGUAUGUUUAUCCCAUAUAUUUCAGUAAACCAUAUAAUUCCUUUUUUAUCUUUGCAAUCUUUGGCCUUGACUUUCCAUUGCACUAUACGCUGCACAGUAUGCCUGAGUCACUUAGAUUUCCUCUUUUUUUAGGCUGAACUGUCAAUUUAUCAUGCAUGAGCAAAUAUCUGAAUAAAGUAUAAAUCAAAACA